ACAGGGGAGAUGAUCAUCCUUCAAAUCCCUUUAUAUUUCCGGUCUCCUCCCUCCGUCCCUUCCUCGACACAGGACUUGUUUUCUCUCUCUACACACACACCGCUUCAUAUAAAUUGAGACCACAUCCCCCCCUCCUUUUCUCUUCCUUUUUCCUUUUGGUCUUGUCGUUUCACUGGCGGUGGUCGUGACUUGUGAGAGAAGAGAAAUGACGGGGAUUUCUAAAAGUGACGGAACCGUAACCCUUGACCUUCUCAAGGAUAAAAUGGCCGACUUUGCUAAGGAAAGGGACUGGGAUCGCUUCCACAGCCCCAGAAACCUCCUCCUCGCCAUGGUUGGAGAAGUAGGGGAGGUGUCUGAGAUAUUUCAGUGGAAAGGGGAGGUGCCAAAGGGGCUGCCGGAUUGGAAAGAAGAAGAGAAAGUGCAUCUGGGGGAAGAGCUGUCAGACGUCUUGCUCUACCUUGUCAGGCUCUCUGACAUUUGUGGCAUUGAUCUUGGCCGAGCUGCCCUCAGAAAAAUUGAGCUCAAUGCCCUUAAAUACCCGGUUAGCCAUAGCCAGCCCAAAGGCUCCGAAACUGUUUGAUCUUUUCUGGUGUCCAGUGUCUGAAACCCCAACCUCUAUGUACUGGCUAUUUUGUUUGACCAGCUUUUGCUUUUGGAUGAGAAGAUAGGUCUUGCAAAAGAAAAAAUUCUACACAGCUGUAAAACAAGACUCCAUCUUGAGUCGCUGAUGCAUGUGGUGAUUCAUGUGCAUCAAACGGCUUCAGACUCAGUUGUGUUUUGAAAUUGUGUUAGUAGCAUUGCUAAUUUUGUAGGAUGUUUCGAUUGUUGCGUUGAAUCUCAAGUAUGGAUGGUGUUUGUGAUAUAUGUCAGAGAAAUUUUGUUACUUUCUUUGGCAGAUUGAGCAAAUUAUCUCUUUGACAGAUAUGUGAGAUUGGUAAUGAUAUCAUGGAAUAUUCCCAUUUAUAAA